CGUAAUACGUGAAAAAAUUGUAUGUUUAGGGAAAAAUUCAGCUAAAAGUCUCUACAAUUUUUUAAAAGCGCGUAUAUUAAAAACGAAAAAACAAAUGAGUGGGUAUCGUCCAGGCCAAUUGAUUAGAGAAAUCAAAGCUCGGCCAGGGAUCUAUGAUAAAGAGCAUCUACAACAUCCAAAGCGGGAACAUAAACAUAAGCUUUGGUUGGAAGUAGCCGAAUGUUUGACGCCGGACGAAGAUUGGGAGCAAUACACAGAACAAGAAAAAGAAGCGCGUAUCGAUGAAAUUCAGUUAAAAUGGAAGCAUAUGCGCGAUCAUUUCUAUCGUGAAAUCAAACUGCAACAGGCGGGUGAGGCUCAUAAAAAACGUAAAUAUGUAUAUUUUGAUGAUAUGGAAUUUAUGCGACCGUUCGUUGGUUUUAAGUUAAUGCCGCUUAAAAUUAAACAAAUGCCUCAUAAUAGUGACGAUGAAGAAGAAGAAGAAGUCGAACAAAAUACCGGAGACGAAGAAGUUGAUUGCGAUGAUUAUGUUGACAACAAUGUGGCAGCGGAGGAAGAGGUACUCACUAUUGAGCCGACCACUCCUGAGUUAAGACGCACUUCCAAACGGAUUGUAAAAAGCACUCAAAAAAAUGUAUUGCCUCCGAAACGUUUAAGUGCAAGUUUGCCGGCAUCCAGCAAAUCCCAAUUAAUAAGUAAAGCCCGUAAGACUAGUAUAAUAAAAAAUUUUGACGCUUUACGUAAAUCUAGUGGAGGUAGUACAAAAAACUCUCCAGCCACCCAAACUGCAGCAAUUCCUCACACUUUUAAAAUACGUGAUGGCGAUAUAAGUUUUUGCCUCUCUUUAGUGCCCACUCUACGCAAAUUGAGCGAAAGUCAAAAAUUGCGUGCAAAAAUUGAAAUUUUAAAAGUUCUACAUAAAACUGUAGAGGCAGCAGAAUUAGGAGCAAAAAACCAGAAUCCGAAAAUGGUAGAACAUCAUUUAGAGGACGAUGAUGAUCAAAUACAUGUGAAAGACGAGUUAAAUGAAUAUGAAAACGGGCAUGAAGAUAAUGACCCACUUACUGGUAGUAGUGGACGUGCACCUACUGGUAACACUAAAACUUGGUGGACUUAAAUUAGUGAAAAGUUUUUAUUUUUAUUAAAAAAAAAGUUAUAUUCGCCUUAAGGCGAGUUAUGAAUAACCAUCACCUGGAACAUUUUUUCUUAUUAAUUAUUAGCGUGUAUUUAGGUUCGAUUUUUUAAACGGCAGUGCAUGAUAUUUUAACCAAAUUUUCGAUAGCGAGUUAUCAACAACUUUUCGAAAUUUAUGGUUUUUCCCAACUACUUUUUUCAUGGUCACAUUAAUUUUCAAGCCAAAUCUCUGUACUUUAUCUAGAAUAUAUAUGUAUAUGCCAAACUUUAGCUUUAUCUUUCAAUUAUUACGACUAAACUGUAAAUCAAUGAACGACAAACCAGACAUAUUUCAAUCGUCUCAGAAUAUCAGGCUUAUUAUAAGCAUACAAGCUUAUGAUUGGAAUGGGGAGUCUAUUUACGUUGCACCUACUCCGAGAGCGUUUAGUUAGUAUGCACUAAAUCUCCGGUGGUGGAUGUAGAGAUUAAGAUUUAUUUUUAAAAAUAAGAAAACAUUGUAAAUAAGAAGAGUAUUUACAAAUUUAAAUGAAGGUAAUUCAAUAAAUGUUAAGUACUAGCAGUAUAUUUAUACUUAUUUAAACUAAUUUUUUUUUAUCACGAAACUAUAAAUUUUUUCUAUAAACUUCUGGACAGUUCGAAUAAAAGCAAAUAAUGUCAAUUGCAAGAGGGAGAGACUAAAUGCUUUGACGUCUAAGAAAAAAAAUUUGAACGCAGUGCGUAUCGAUAGAAGAGUUAUAUGGACAAAGUCCCCCAUCAUCCGCUCUAAGCUUGAGUGCAUUUUAAUCCUAUAAUCAAGUUUCAAGUAAUGUGACACAUAACGGAUCAACAUUCAAACAAAUUUAGCAAUUGAGCCGAAUUCAUCCAAGUUCGGGAUAAUCUUCGUGUACACGAAUCAAUUUUAUAUAAAAAAAGCAUUUAACUUGUCGAUCGAGUUAGCACUUAAAUGCUAACAAACUCUUACUUUGGCUUGCUUCUCUGUUACUGAGUGUAUUUCAAAUUCAACGAAAUCGUCGUGUUCAAAGCAAAUUGUUGAAAUUGAACUUUUGCUUAAUUGACUCUUGUGUUUUUAUGUAUUAAAAAGCAUUUAAGAAAGAAAGAACAAGAAAGAAGAAUAAAGUCGGCUGUCGCUGCCCACAUUUUUAUAACUCGGGUAUACGUCUAUAUAUAUAUGGAAGAAACCAGUAGAAAAAAGCGAGUUAACGGAAUAUAUCCAUAUAUAUACGCAUAAGGAUAUACAUA